AUGGGCCGUCAUGCGACAUUCUUCUCGGCCGCCUUCCUGGCUACGGGAGGCUUUCUGUUCGGCUUCGACUCCGGGAUCAUCACAUCGACCAUUGCGCUUCAAACGUUCAAGGACUACUUUCACCCGUCCGAUGCCAUUGCCGGAGGAAUCGUGUCGUCGUUCCAAGGCGGAGCGAUCCUUGGGACGAUGGUGAACAUGUUGUUUUCUGACUGGCUGGGACGUCGAAACACGGUGUUCCUCGGAUCGAUCAUCUCAGGAUUGGGCUCAGCACUUCAAGCCGGGGCUCACAACCUCUUUACGCUCAUACUGGGGCGGUUUAUCGGCGGCGCCGCUGUUGGAAUCCUGACCUCGACAAUCCCGAUGUAUGCUUCGGAACUCUCGGAAGCCAAGCACCGGGGUAAACUUUCCGGGCUCCUGCAGUGGAUGUUGAGUUGGGGCUUCUUGGUCGCGCAGUGGUUGGGCUAUGGGUGUUCGUUCGUGAAAGAUGACUUCUCAUGGCGCUUUCCUUUGGCGUUCCAAUGCAUACCUGGAAUAGUGCUGGCUCUGGGGAUCUAUUUCCUUCAAGAGUCACCUCGUUGGCUCAUGGAGAAGGGACGACCAGACGAGGCGCGCCAAGGCCUGGAUAAGUUGCGUAUCGGCGUUGAUGAGAAGGUUGUCGACGUCGAGUAUAACGAGAUACGCCUGGCCGUUCGCGAGCAAUCCGCGUUGAACAAGAAUUGGAAUCUGUGGAAAGAGAUUCUCACUAGACCGUCCUGGCGCAAGAGACUCCUUCUCGGCUGCGCUCUCCAAGCCUUUUCGCCCUUGUCGGGAAUCAACGUCAUCAACUAUUUCGGGCCUCGCAUUUACGAGCUCCUGGGUAUCGGCACCCAGACCUCGCUCAUGAUCAUCGGGAUAAACGGCGCUCUUGGUAUCAUUUACAACUCGGUUGGUCUUUGGAUGCUGGAUCGGGUGGGCCGGAUUAGACCGCUCAUCGUUUCUGCUCUUGGCCUCGCGGCGGCUCUACUCGUCAACGCCAUCCAGUUCCAGUAUCUGGAUAGAACAAAUGCCGAUCAGCUCCGAAGCAUGGUCGCCAUGAACUUUGUCUUUGGCUUUUUCUUUACGCCUCUUGGAAUCAUAAGCUGGGUCUACCCUGCAGAAAUCUUCCCACUAGAGAUUAGGGCCUUAGGAAACGCCCUCACAACGUUUACCAACUGGACCAUCAACUUGAUCUUGGUAUCCUUCUCACCUCAGGCCCUUACAGCAGUUGGAUUCAAGUUCUUCUACGUUUUCUUCGUUUUCAACCUGAUUGCAGCGGCAAGCUAUUAUCUAUUCUUUCCCGAGACGCAGGGAAGAACAUUGGAGCAGAUGGACGAACUUUUCGGCGACCGGGCUCCAGGAUUCGAUCCGGUGGCCAUCGGAGAUCUUUCUCAGUCCACCGAUGAAGAGUCUCGGUCGACUGCUGUUACGAACCAACCAUUGGCGUCAAACAAGCGUGCGUACACAAAAUACAACACGUUCCAAUUGGAGGAAUAG